AUUAGCAUCUGACAGCAAUGGCGAAGCAUCAUCCUGAUCUCAUCAUGUGCCGGAAGCAGCCCGGCAUUGCGAUUGGUCGCCUGUGUGAGAAAUGCGAUGGCAAAUGCGUCAUCUGUGACUCAUACGUGCGCCCAUGCACGCUUGUUCGGGUCUGCGAUGAGUGCAACUACGGCUCAUUCCAGGGAAGGUGUGUGAUCUGUGGAGGAGUCGGCAUCUCAGACGCCUACUACUGCAAGGAGUGUACCCAGCAGGAGAAGGACCGGGAUGGUUGUCCCAAGAUUGUCAAUCUUGGAAGUGCCAAGACUGAUCUCUUCUACGAGCGGAAGAAGUAUGGGUUUAAGAAGAGAUGAUUGAGUUGCUGGGUUCUAUUGGCCGCGUGUUGUGUUCCGUCGCACUGAUACUGAGAUUAGGCUGCUGAGGCAGCAGCGUUGUAUUCGUGUUAUGAUUUGAUAUUGAUGUGAGAAUACACCCCUGAUUUGAUAUUGAUGUGAGAAUACACCCCUGAUAUGCUUUGUAAUAACAAGUUCAACUGUAUGAUCUAAAGACUCCAAAGACUGCUUAAUGCAUAUGCAACUUGUGCAUGAUGGUUA